AACACACAACCCUUUUUGGUUUCUGCAUUCGCACCUACGUUCAUGCCACUGCACCCAUCAACACCCUCCCUCGCACAAUUUUUAACCCGUCAAAAAGCGUUGGGACUUUAUCGGUCCAUACUUCGUCUUACCCGUCAUUUGGAUCCGGAAAAUAAGAAAUUUAUAAGAGAUUGGGCUAGAUCGGAUUUUGAGCGGUAUCGGUAUGAAGUUGAUUCGGAAAAGAUUUCAAUGUUGAUUUCCCAGGGUGUGGUGCAGUUGCGGACUUUGGAAAGGAGUGUGUCAUUAUCUAAAGUCGGUGUUUCGUGACGGUGGAUGUGUAUGUAUUUGAGGAGGAUUUGUACAGCAAGGAUGGAUGAUCUGCAUGUCGGAUAUUUCAUGGUCAUGGAAUUUGGGGCAAGUGGACAAGUUGGGAUGGUCGAGUCGUCGGUAAAUUAUGCAGGAUGUCAGAAGUAAGUCAAUAAGCAGCACAUAGGUAGCAGGCAAUUCGUCGUCAACCCACACACUAUUCCAUAUUGAUGAUAAUCUAUUACAAACGCGACGUACUUAACUACCCAAAACACAGAAAAACGCAGAAAGCAAAUUACAAACAAAAAGCAAAACGUCAUUGAUAGUUCACACGGUUUUCAGCAAUGCAAAAUCCAUACUUACGCAUUCUUGACAAAGUCCACCCCCUUUUGAAUGUUCGCCUUCAAUUCCGGUACAGCGGCAUCCAGCAACUUUUUCUCAUGGGCAUUCAAGGAUGGAAUGGGGUGAAUCUUGCUCACACCCUCAGGUCCAAGUUCAACCACGGUCGAAAAGUACUCG